CUCAUUUAAUCUCAUCCACAUCAUACUGUUAAUAUAAGACAAAACAGCUCAGCCGAGCUAUUUAUACAUGUCAUCGCCAUAAAAUGAGACAGAAUGCGAAUUAAUGUAUUUUAUGCAUUUAUUACUGGAAAACAUAUUAUAUAAUGGCGACGGAGUGCACGCAAGAAUCCGUUCUGGACUUUCUCAUAGAAAAUGGGGGGCGUGUGAAAAACAAGGACUUGAUAGAGCAUUUUAAAGUCUUCCUGAGCGGUGGAAAUACAGAGAGAACGAUCUUAAAAGAGAGAUUUAAGCGUUUUGUUGAUAAUAUCGCCUAUGUGAAACAAGAGAAUGGACAGAAAGUGGUGUGCUUGAAGAAGAAGUACAGAUACCCGGAGAUGCGAGCACGAGAUGAUGAUGCAGAUGAAGGCAUCAACAGAGGAAUGCAUGCCUUAAUAUUCGAAGAAAAUGGCAAUAUUAAUGAGGAAAUCAAUGGAAAGCAUAAUAAUCAGAAGUCUAAGGUAAUGGAUGCCAAAUUGGAUGCUGUACGUGAUGGCAAAACCAUUGCAUCUGAAUGCAUUUCAGACAUUGCAUUGAUGGAGAUGAACGAUUGUUCAAGUUCUCACUGCAGUCUUUCAGAUGUUUCAAAUAUAACGGGGGAAAUGGCACAAGAGAAUGGAAAUGGCACCAAGUCAAUUGUUCUGGAGCUCUCUAAUGCCCAGUCAACUGGAAAACUGGAAUCUAGGGCAGAGGAACUGGAACCCAUCAAAGCUACCCCGGUUGUGAUUCGACGAAGAACAUCGAGAGGAUCUCAGCGCAGUUUGAUUGCCUCCUCGGAGGAAGAGCCUCAUGAUGGACCGUGUGAUGGCACAGAUGGCAGCACCCCAAAAGGCAGCCGCAAGAACUUCCUGGAGCUCAUGAUGAGCAGUUCUCCACAGGUGAGGCACUCACUGGUCCACCGUAUAUCCUCCAGAAACAGCGGCUUCAUGAUGUCCUCGAUGGACGAGGACUGUGCCUUGGUAACAUUAGACCCUUUGGAGCACGAAUGGAUGAUGUGUACAGCAGAUGGUGAAUGGGACAGUCUCCAAAGGCUGCUCAUGUGUGAACCCGCUCUCAUCUCCAAGAAGGACUUUGUCACUGGUUUCACAUGUCUGCACUGGGCGGCCAAGCAAGGCCAACAUGAGCUUUUCGCCAUGCUGGUGAGCUUCGCCAAACAGCACAACGUCGCCAUCAACAUAAACGCCCGCUCCAGCGCCGGCUACACCCCGCUGCACCUGGCGGCCAUGCACAACCACAUUGAAGUCAUGAAGCUUCUGGUGGGAGCGUACGAUGCUGAUGUGGACAUCAGGGACUAUAGUGGGAAGAAAGCAUCUCAGUACCUCCAAGCCAACGUCACGGGGGACAUCAAAGACAUCAUUGGGGCUUGUGGGAGCUCGGAUACGGAGAAUGCACCUGAAGCUGGGCGAUGGAGGCUUCCUAAAGUCCUGCCGUCCAAUCUGAACCCUCUGCGCUUAUUAAACCACUCUGAGGAGGUGGCAGGUGACGGUCAGGUCAAGCCCAGGCCACUGUAUCGGAAGCCGUCCAUCGGCCGCAUCAGACUGCAGAGGAACAGGUUCAAGACGCAGAUUGUCCACAGCACUUCGUUUAGGGAGAAUGAGGAAGGAGACGAUUCACUCAAGAGCCCCGUCAAAUCGAGACCCGUGUCAAACCUCUUCGGAUGAAAUGAGUUUCUCUGUUUACUAUGAGAAAGACUGUAAUAUGGCGACACCCAAAAAAUGGCAAUCCAAACCCAUGUGGGUCAAUAACAUGACACUCAUUUUAGUUUUUCGGAUCUAUUAUGUUAUUUAAAAUGCGUUAAAAGUGCAAUUGACACUAAAUAACUAGUACCCCACCUAUGGAAGCCCGUUUCAACCACUAAAAAUAAACCAAAUCUGUGCUUUGGUAAAUCAUGGUUUGAGGUCAAAAGUGAUAUUUACACUAGAAAAUAAAAUAAAUUAAAUAAAUAAAUAAAAAAAAU